AUGUCUGCUAACUGCUCUUUCAAUCUAAUGGAAGGGAAAGACGACUGGUUUUGUCCUCCAGAACAGAUUUGUGUCAAUGUGACCUCUGUCAUAAAUGGCAGUGAUGAAGCCUGUCUGACAAAGAACGAGUAUCUGGAAAAAUAUUUGGGUUUUCAAAGAUCACCCAUGUUCCGCCCUGUCUGCCUUAUCUAUCUGGUCAUCUUCUUGGUUGGAGUUGUGGGGAAUGUGCUGACAUGCACAGUCAUUGCACGCAACAAAGUCAUGUGGACGCCAACAAACUACUACUUGUUCAGCUUGGCUGUGUCAGACCUGUUGGUGCUACUGCUUGGUAUGCCACUGGAGCUGUACGAACUCUGGCAAAAUUACCCCUUCCUGUUUGGGAAGGGAGGCUGCUACUUCAAAACUUUCUUAUUUGAGACUGUCUGUUUGGCAUCAAUCCUGAAUGUGAUGGCUCUGAGCAUUGAGCGCUACAUUGCUGUGGUGCACCCACUGACAGCAAAGUCUGUGGUGACACGUACCCAUGCCAAGCGGGUCAUCCUCUCCGUGUGGGGUAUUUCAGUUUUGUGCGCUGUGCCUAACACCAGUUUGCAUGGAAUCCUCAUCCUCAGCAUUCACUCGGUUGGCCCUGCUGGGAUUGUAAGCUUGGAGAUCCCUGACUCAGCCAUCUGCAUGUUGGUAAAACCACAAUGGAUGUACAACCUGACCAUCCAGCUCACUACCUUUCUUUUUUUUAUCCUGCCCAUGACCACAAUCAGUGUUCUGUACAUGCUCAUUGGUGUGCAGCUGAAACGUGAAAAGAUGCAGCAGGCACUAGAAGGCAAAUGUGGUUUUGGAAAAGACAGCUUCUGUAAUGUCCGUAUGCAGAGGCAGAAGGCACGUCACCGGCAAGUCACGAAAAUGUUGUUUGUUUUAGUGGUGGUUUUUGGAAUCUGCUGGGCCCCGUUUCACACCGAUCGCCUCAUGUGGAGUUUAAUCAGUGACUGGACUGACAACCACCUGGAAAUCUUCAAGUAUGUGCACGUCAUCUCUGGCGUUUUUUUAUACCUCAGCUCAGCAGUCAACCCCAUUCUGUACAACCUCAUGUCCACACGCUUCAGAGAAAUGUUCAAGGAAGUGAUGUGCCAUCGACCACACCACGCCACCCCAAGAAAACACUCGCUCAGUGUGACCCGAGUGACCCUCCGCAGCACGCUGAGCGAUGCGCCACUCGGCAACGGAGCCGCUGUUGUGGAAGCUGCGACAGAGGAUGGAGAUGGAAGAGUGAAAGGCGAGGAAGCCAUUUCUUGUUAA